CAAGGCCAGAUUGAGCGCAGAACUAACGGCGCGCUGAAGAGUCCUAAAUGUCUACGGGGCUUAGAGCCGGAUGCCACGUUGUCCUCCUCUCCGGGUUUUCUCUUGGGUCCUUUUCUGUGCCCUCCCGCGACUCCGCCUCCGGCCGCGCGUGUCUGGCAGCUAGGCAGACACCAAGGACUGGCCGGGAACCCGGGAAGAAAGCACGUGCUCCAGCAGUUGCCGCGCCGCGCGUCCGCCCGUCAGCCCCGCGCCCGGCCCCGAGAGAGGCCCUAGGGCGCAGCGGGCUUUCGGGGUCCUCAGUUCCCCCGCGACGCGAGCCAACGGGAGGCGUCAAAAGACCCGGGCCUUCUGUGGCAGGUUCGCCUGGCGCUGGCUGGCGUGGCCCUUGGCCGUCGUCACCUGUGGAGAGCGCGUCUUCCCCGCCGCGCCCUCUGCGCGAGGAGGAGACUCGACAGCAUGUCACCCGCGCUCCAAGACCUGUCGCAACCCGCAGGUCUGAAGAAAACCCCGCGCGAUGAGAUCGAUGCCAUUCUGCAGAAGAGGAUUAUGGUGCUGGAUGGAGGGAUGGGGACCAUGAUCCAGCGGCAGAAGCUAAACGAAGAACACUUCCGAGGUCAGGAAUUUAAAGAUCAUGCCAGGCCGCUGAAAGGCAACAAUGACAUUUUAAGUAUAACUCAGCCCGAUGUCAUUUACCAAAUCCAUAAGGAAUACUUGCUGGCUGGGGCAGAUAUCAUUGAAACAAAUACUUUCAGCAGCACUAGCAUUGCCCAAGCUGACUAUGGCCUUGAACACUUGGCCUACCGGAUGAACAAGUGCUCUGCAGGAGUGGCCAGAAAAGCUGCCGAGGAGAUAACUCUCCAGACAGGAAUUAAGAGGUUUGUGGCAGGGGCUCUGGGUCCGACUAAUAAGACACUCUCUGUGUCCCCGUCUGUGGAAAGACCAGAUUAUAGGAACAUCAAAUUUGAUGAGCUUGUUGAAGCAUACCAAGAGCAGGCCAAAGGACUUCUGGAUGGCGGAGUUGAUAUCUUACUCAUUGAAACUAUUUUUGAUACUGCCAAUGCCAAGGCAGCUGUGUUUGCACUCCAAAACCUUUUUGAGGAGAAAUAUGCUCCCCGGCCUAUCUUUAUUUCAGGGACGAUUGUUGAUAAAAGUGGACGGACUCUUUCUGGACAGACAGGAGAGGCAUUUGUCAUCAGCUUGUCUCAUGCAGAACCACUCUGCAUUGGAUUAAAUUGUGCUUUGGGUGCAGCUGAAAUGAGACCUUUUAUUGAAAUGAUUGGAAAAUGUACAACAGCCUAUGUCCUCUGUUAUCCCAAUGCAGGUCUUCCCAACACCUUUGGUGACUAUGAUGAAACGCCUUCUACGAUGGCCAAGCACCUAAAGGAUUUUGCUAUGGAUGGCUUGGUCAAUAUAGUUGGAGGAUGCUGUGGUUCAACACCAGAUCAUAUCAGGGAAAUUGCUGAAGCUGUGAAAAAUUGUAAGCCUAGAGUUCCACUUGCCACUGUUUUUGAAGGACAUAUGUUACUGUCUGGUCUGGAGCCCUUCAGGAUUGGACAGUACACCAACUUUGUUAACAUUGGAGAGCGCUGUAAUGUUGCAGGAUCAAGGAAGUUUGCUAAACUCAUCAUGGCAGGAAACUAUGAAGAAGCCUUGGGUGUUGCCAGAGUGCAGGUGGAAAUGGGAGCCCAGGUGCUGGAUAUCAACAUGGAUGAUGGCAUGCUAGAUGGUCCGAGUGCAAUGACCAGAUUUUGCAACUUAAUUGCUUCCGAGCCAGACAUCGCAAAGGUACCUUUGUGCAUCGACUCCUCCAAUUUUGCUGUGAUUGAAGCUGGGUUAAAGUGCUGCCAAGGGAAGUGCAUUGUCAAUAGCAUUAGUCUGAAGGAAGGAGAGGAUGACUUCUUGGAGAAGGCCAGGAAGAUUAAAAAGUUUGGAGCUGCUAUGGUGGUCAUGGCUUUUGAUGAAGAAGGACAGGCAACGGAAACAGACACGAAAAUCAGAGUGUGUACCCGGGCCUACCAUCUUCUUGUGAAAAAACUGGGCUUUAAUCCAAAUGACAUCAUUUUUGACCCUAAUAUCCUAACCAUUGGGACUGGAAUGGAAGAACACAACUUGUAUGCCAUUAAUUUUAUCCAUGCAACAAAAGUCAUUAAAGAAACAUUACCUGGAGCCAGAAUAAGUGGAGGUCUUUCCAACUUGUCCUUCUCCUUCCGAGGAAUGGAAGCCAUUCGAGAAGCAAUGCAUGGGGUUUUCCUUUACCAUGCAAUCAAGUCUGGCAUGGACAUGGGGAUAGUGAAUGCUGGAAACCUCCCUGUGUAUGAUGAUAUCCAUAAGGAACUUCUGCAGCUCUGUGAAGAUCUCAUCUGGAAUAAAGACCCUGAGGCCACGGAGAAGCUCUUACGUUAUGCCCAGACUCAAGGCACAGGAGGGAAGAAAGUCAUUCAGACUGAUGAGUGGAGAAAUGGCCCUGUCGAAGAACGCCUUGAGUAUGCGCUUGUGAAGGGCAUUGAAAAACAUAUUAUUGAGGAUACUGAGGAAGCCAGGUUAAACCAAGAAAGAUAUCCCCGACCUCUCAAUAUAAUUGAAGGACCCCUGAUGAAUGGAAUGAAAAUUGUUGGUGAUCUUUUUGGAGCUGGAAAAAUGUUUCUACCUCAGGUUAUAAAGUCAGCCCGGGUUAUGAAGAAGGCUGUUGGCCACCUUAUCCCUUUCAUGGAAAAAGAAAGAGAAGAAACCAGAGUGCUUAACGGCACAACAGAAGAAGAGGACCCUUACCAGGGCACCAUCGUGCUGGCCACUGUUAAAGGCGACGUGCACGACAUAGGCAAGAACAUAGUUGGAGUAGUCCUUGGCUGCAAUAAUUUCCGAGUUAUUGAUUUAGGAGUCAUGACUCCAUGUGAUAAGAUACUGAAAGCUGCUCUUGACCACAAAGCAGAUAUAAUUGGCCUGUCAGGACUCAUCACUCCUUCCCUGGAUGAAAUGAUUUUUGUUGCCAAGGAAAUGGAGAGAUUAGCUAUAAAGAUUCCAUUGUUGAUUGGAGGAGCAACCACUUCAAGAACCCACACAGCGGUUAAAAUAGCUCCAAGAUACAGUGCGCCUGUAAUCCACGUCCUGGAUGCGUCCAAGAGUGUCGUGGUGUGUUCUCAGCUGUUAGAUGAAAAUCUAAAGGAUGAAUACUUUGAGGAAAUCAUGGAAGAAUAUGAAGAUAUUAGACAGGACCAUUAUGAGUCUCUCAAGGAGAGGAGAUACUUACCCUUAAGUCAAGCCAGAAAAAGUGGUUUCCAAAUGGAUUGGCUGUCUGAACCUCACCCAGUGAAGCCCACGUUUAUUGGGACCCAGGUCUUUGAAGACUAUGACCUGCAGAAGCUGGUGGACUACAUUGACUGGAAGCCUUUCUUUGAUGUCUGGCAGCUCCGGGGCAAGUACCCGAAUCGAGGCUUCCCCAAGAUAUUUAAUGACAAAACAGUAGGUGAAGAGGCCAAAAAAGUCUAUGAUGAUGCCCAAAAUAUGCUGAACACACUGAUUAAUCAAAAGAAACUCCAAGCCCGGGGUGUGGUUGGGUUCUGGCCAGCACAGAGUAUCCAAGACGACAUCCACCUGUACACAGAGAGUGCCGUGCCCCAGGCUGCAGAGCCCAUAGCCACCUUCUAUGGGUUAAGGCAACAGGCCGAGAAGGACUCUGCCAGCACGGAGCCAUACUACUGCCUUUCAGACUUCAUUGCUCCUCUGCAUUCUGGCAUCCGUGACUACCUGGGCCUGUUUGCCGUUGCCUGCUUUGGGGUGGAAGAGCUGAGCAAGGCCUAUGAGGAUGACGGUGACGACUACAGCAGCAUCAUGGUCAAGGCGCUGGGGGACCGGCUGGCAGAGGCCUUUGCAGAAGAGCUCCAUGAAAGGGUUCGCCGAGAACUGUGGGCCUACUGUGGCAGUGAGCAGCUGGACGUCGCAGACCUGCGCAGGCUGCGGUACGAGGGCAUCCGCCCGGCUCCCGGCUACCCCAGCCAGCCCGACCACACUGAGAAGCUCACCAUGUGGAGACUCGCGGACAUCGAGCAGUCUACGGGCAUUAGGUUAACAGAAUCAUUAGCAAUGGCACCUGCUUCUGCAGUCUCAGGCCUCUACUUCUCCAAUUUGAAGUCCAAAUAUUUUGCUGUGGGGAAGAUUUCCAGGGAUCAGGUUGAGGAUUAUGCAUUGAGGAAGAACAUGGCUGUGGCUGAGGUUGAGAAAUGGCUUGGACCCAUUUUGGGAUACGAUACAGACUAACUUUUUUUUUUUUUUUUUUUUGCCUUUUUUGUUCUUGAUGAUCCUCAAGGAAACACAACCUGGAGUGCCUUAAAAAUAACAACAACAAAAAUCCUGUGUGCAUCUGGCUGACACUUCCCUGCUUCUGGUUUUCGAAGACUAUUUAGUGGAACCUUGCAGAGGAGCAGGGUCUUCCUACAGUGCCUGGAAAACAGGUGCUGUGUUUUCAGGACCUUGCGUGAAGAGCAGUGAGCAGGGCUCCUGUGGUUUCCCUGGUCCCUCUGAGAUGGGGACAGACUGAAGACAGGUCUUCUGCCUUUCAAAGCAAGUCAACUUGCUUUUUUCUAUUUUUAGAGUGGAAUCUAGGAGGCCACUUAGUCCUCUUUUUUUCCUCUUAGAAGAAAAGCCUGAAACUGUGUUGAAUAGAGAAGUGUGACCCUGUGACAAAACGAUACUGUGAGAAAUGGGGCAUUUUAAUCUAAGUGGUUAUAACAGUGGAUUCUGACAGGGAAGGUAUAGCUCUGUUUUCUUCGGAAGACCUCAUUUUCUAAAGGCUGGAUUAAAUGGUUGCAGAACUGCCUUUGGCAAAAGGCAUGCUCUCACUGCUUGCUUGUCAGAAACACUGAAGCCGUUUGCCCCAGUGUGGUCAAGCAGCCAUGCUCUCUGGGCGUUUUCAUCCUCCCAUAAUUUCAUAUUUCCGUGCCCGUGAGGAAACAAAAAGGAAAUGAGCGACAGUUACUGUUAAGGAUUGUUAACAUCUUCUAAUUGUUUUCAGGAUUGAGCAGGUUCUCAGCUGGGCUCUUGAUAUCCUGUGCAUAGUUGGACAGGUGGGCAGCAUAACAUCACUCAUUUCUUACCAUCUUGUUCCCCUCCAAUUCUCAAUGUAUUCAAUAAUGAAGAAUGAUGCCACCACUCAAGCAACAAGCCUCAAACUCACCCAUGUCAUCUUUUUCUUGGAUGAUUGCAGUUAUCUCAAAAAUUUGCAUGCAAAAUAUAUACUCAUCCUACUUGAAGAUGGUGGUGGAAAUAUUCAGGAGAAGGUAGCGUUGGAGUCCUGAUUUGAGAUUUGAAGGAUGAAGGUGAAGAAGCAAGGGAGGAACAAAUGAGAAACUAUCUUUGUUCAUGAAUAGGAAUAUUAAAGAUUGUAAAAGUAUCAGAUCUCCCCAAAUUGAUCUAUGGAUUUAAUACCAUUUUCAUUGGAAAUUCCAACAGAUUUUAUUGAAUGAAACAAGCAGGUGUUUAUAUGGAUUAGCAAAGGACUUAAAAUUACCAAAUGCUUCUACAUAUGAAGGAAAGAUUGAGGAGACGCACCCUAUGUGAUACCAAGUUUUAUUGUCAAGACAGUGUCAUGUGGUGCAGAGGUAGGCGUUAUGAGCAGGGAAACAAAAUAAGGGUCUAGAAACUUGCCUAGGCAUAUGUUGACCUUUGCAAAAUGACCUGGUGACAUGGCAGGUCAGUGGGGACAGGAAGGAUCACUCCCUAAGUAGUCCCAGAACUAUUCAUGUGGGAAAAAAAGAAAUUUUAAUUUAUCUCACCUUACCCAAUGAUAAGUUCCAAAUAUGUUAAGGGCUUUAAUACAGAAAGCAAAAAUUGUCAGUGUUUGGAUGAAAAAAGCCUUAGGGCAGGAAAGAAUCUCUUGAGACAUAAAGUAGUAAUCACAAAUGACAAGGUGGUUAAGUGAAUUCUGUUAAAACUAAAGACUUACAUUAAGCAAACACUUGGAAGUGAGAAGAUGAGCCACAACUUGAGAAGACAUUUAUAAUACAAAUAACUGACACGGGAUUCAUAAUCACAAAUAUAGAGAAUUCCUGUUUAAAAAAAAUGGAAAAAUAGAGAAGACUACACAAGAGGAAAUAAAUAGGGCUUUUAAAUAAAUAGAUGUUCUGUAGCAUUGGUGGUCAGGGAAAUACGAAUUAGGACCACAAUGAGAUUCCAUUUUAUAUCCAUAAGAUUUGCAAAAGUUGGGUCUGACAAUACCAGGUGUUAGAUCUGUAGGGACUUGUACAACAUUGUGGAUGUGUAAAUAGGCACCACUGCUUUAAAAAACAAUUUUCCCUCACAGACUUGAACAUUUGCAGACCUUAUGAUCUUAGUUCCAACUCCCACCUGUACGUCCAGCAAACUCUUGUAUGUGGCCCCUAGGAGGAAUGGGUAAGAAUGUUCAUAUAAUGUAUUUAUAAUAGUUCAUAACUGGAGAAAGUGAAAUGUAUGUCUCUCUGCAGGAAAAUAGGUGAAUAAUUAGAUAUAUAUAUAUAUAUUCAUCCUACGGGAUAUUAUUCAGUAGUGGAAAUGAGUGAACUACAGCUGUAGCUAACAAUAAGAAUGAAUCUCAGAAAAUAUUGAGGAAAAGUAGCAAGUUCAAAGAGACCACAUGUGGUGUACUAUUUUUAUUGAGCUCAAAAACAAGCAAAACCAAAGAAUAUGUAGUCUAAGCAUACAUAUACAAUAAAACUAUGCUAUUAAAAAAAAAAAAGAAGGUAACAAUGAUAAACCAAAAUUGAGCAUAGUAAUUACCCACGGAAGGAGGAAGUGGAAGGGACAGGAGCACAUAGAUAGAUGUCAAGUUAUGCGGCUGUUCUGGUUCCUCCUGGUAGACUUACGAGUGUUUAUACUAUUAAUAUAUUAUGCUUUAUAACUAAUAGAUAAGAGUUUUGUACAUAUUAAAUAUGUUCUUAAUAUUAAAUACAAAAAAUAAAGGCAAAGUGGAAUGAUAAGCUAAAA